AUGCCUCGCCAAUUCUUCGUCGGUGGUAACUUCAAGAUGAACGGUGUUGCUCAGAGCAUCACCGACAUCGUGAACAACCUCAAUGCUGCCAAGCUCGACAACAGCACCGAGGUCGUCAUCUCUCCCCCCACUAUCUACCUCGCCCUGACCCGCGAGCUUGCCGACCCCAAGAUCGGUGUUGCUGCCCAGAACGUCUACGACAAGCCCAACGGUGCUUUCACCGGAGAGAUCAGCGUUGAGCAGCUCCGUGAUACCAAGAUUAACUGGGCUGUCAUCGGCCACAGCGAGCGCCGAGUGAUCCUCAAGGAGACUGAUGAGUUCAUUGCCCGCAAGACCAAGGCCGCCAUUGAGGGUGGUGUUUCUGUCAUCUUCUGCAUCGGAGAGACUCUUGAGGAGCGUGAGGCCAACAAGACCAUCGAGGUCGUCACCCGCCAGCUCAACGCUGCCGCCAAGGAGCUGAGCGCAGAGCAGUGGGAGAAGGUCGUCAUUGCCUACGAGCCCGUCUGGGCUAUUGGCACUGGAAAGGUCGCCACCACCGAGCAGGCCCAGGAAGUCCACGCCGCUAUCCGCAAGUGGCUCGAGUCCAUCUCCGCCCACGCCCAGGAGAACGUUCGCAUCAUCUACGGUGGCUCCGUCAGCGAGAAGAACUGCCGUGAGCUCGCUACUCAGCCCGAUGUUGACGGUUUCUUGGUUGGCGGUGCCAGCUUGAAGCCCGCCUUCGUCGACAUCAUCAACGCCCGCAUCUAA